CUUUUCUUUCGCGAAGUUUAUAGGUUACACCGUAUUCCCAUAUCGAUUGUAUCCAACAGGGACUCUCGCUUCAUAAGCCACUUUUGAAAAUCUUUGUGGAAGCUUUUGAAGAUCAGUCUGAACAUGAGUUCCACAAUGUUUGGUUGGCAAUAACCUCAGGUCGUGGGAUUCUAUCUUGUGUCAAGCAGAGUUUGCCUAUAAUCACACUCAUAAUUGGAGUCUAGGCUUCAGUCCUUUCAAGGUCGUGUAUGGGUUUGUUCCUCAUAGACCUCAGUCGGGUGAGUUUCAUGGGCGAGCAGUAGACCUCGUUACUGAGCUCGAGCACAUCCAUGCUUUGGCUCGUGGUAAUCUAGAGGCUUCUUCGUUUAAGUACAAAGAGUAAGCAGAUAAACUUCGGCCCGAAAUACAUUUUCAGGUGGGAGAUUACCUUUGGGCCAUGCAUAGUAAGGAGAGGUUUCAAACAGAACAGUACAAUAAGUUAAAGCUGCGUAAGAUUGGACCCGUCGAAGUACUCGAGAAGAUCAAUCCAAAUGCGUACAGAUUACCGUUGCCAUCACACAUACACACCACAGACUCUUCAACGUCAAGCAUCUCUUCAAGCAUGAACCGAAUCGAUGACUUACUUUCAGGAUUCGUGGAUGCUUUUUCGUAGGGGAGGGAUCCUGACGUAGCAUACAUCAUUAUCUCAUUAAGCUUUGGCUUUCUAUUUUCCUUUAUUGUUUUAAAUAAACAUUAAUAUGUUUUUUUUAGGAUUAAUUAGGAGUAAGACUUCAAGAUAAAAGAUUAGCUUAUAAUCCCUAGCGACUUAGGGCUUUUCAUUGUGUUAUAUAUAGUGAAAUUCUUGACUUGUCAAAGACACUUUUGAUUUGAUAUUUAUAAAAUUUAGAGCAUUCUAUAAGAAUUUAACAGAUCAAAAAAGACUUAGAUAACAGGUAUUCUGAAAAUUUAAAGUUACCUCUGUUUUAUUUCCGCUCUGUUAGGGUGUGAGUUGACACAGGUGAAACGAUAAAAAUAUUUUUUUAAUUGUAAGUUCUAUAGAAUCAUCAGUCCACAUGGUAUUUUUAAAGCUUUGACACCCUUAUACUCAAGUUCGGUGCUCCAUAUACGCUUAUGUUUUUCAAUUUUAAAAAAAAAAUUUUUUGACACAGAUAAAUAUGAUUGAUGGGUCAACUGGAUGUAUGAUCGACGUUCAUUAAUCACGAGCCAUGGGAGACGAACUUGCAACACGUUCAAAGGAGUUCUCACCACCGAUGAUCCAAUGCAGCACGAAAAACUACAUGGUGUGGUCUAUGAGGAUGAAGAUCUUGCUGAAGAUAUACAAGGUGUUGGAUAUGAUUGAGCCAGGUACGGAUGAUUUCGAUAUAAACAAUAUUGCAAAAUGAUUAUUGUUUCAAGCCAUUCCAGAGGGUCUUAUUAUGCAAGUUGUUGAACAAGACAGACCUAAGGGGAUAUGGUACGAAAUUAAAUCAAGAAACCUAUCAGCUGAUCGUGUCAAGGAAGCAAGAUUACAAACCCUAAUGUCUAAAUUCAAAAUAAUUAAGAUAAAGGAUUCAUAAACAAUAUAGCUUUGCGGGAAAGUUAUCAGAGCUAGUCUCAAAAUCGGCUUUGCUUGGACAUGAGAUAUAUCCAAGCUUGUUCGAAAGUUUCUCAAUAGUGUUCCUAGAAACAAAUUCAUUCACAUAAUACCUUCACUUGAACAAGUCCUAAGACAACAGGUUUUGAAGAUAUUAUUGGAAGGCUGAAGGCAUACGAUGAGAGAAUCAAGAAUGAAGAUAUCAAUGCAGAAACACAAGGGGAACUUCUAUACGCAAACACUCACCAGCAAUGUUUCACUACAUCACAAGGCAAAAAGGACAUGGCAGAAGUGGACGUGGAUAUAGAGGUCAAGCUUGAAGCUUAAGAGGAUGAAUGUUGUUGGAUAAGCUUGCAAGCUUAAAAAUAUUGGUUCCAUCGUUGAAGAUAUAUAUAUAUACCAAUUAGCAGAGGAAAAACUGCUGCAGAUCUGUGUUCUUCUAAGCUUAACGAAAUUCACAAAUCCUAAACCCUUGAUUCUAUUCACACUCAGUCACUCACCCUUUUGAAGCAGCUGCGAUGAUAUUCAAUCAAAGUUAAACCGAAACCAUACCGGAAUUCAGAUUUCCGGUCUAACCAAAUUGAAUAUUUAAUCCCAAAAAACUGAAACCGAAAUUAAACCCGACAAUUUUAUCGAACACCUCUUUAAGAGACUGAGUUUCUUCUUCUCCGUUAAACCUUUUGAGGGUUUUGGUGAUUUUGGGAUAAGGAGCAACUUUGGUGCCAUGUCCGUCUUGCCUAUACUCGAACGAAGAGUGGUAAAGCUGAACAAGCUUACGUCUUUAUUACCCAAACCAAUAGAAGCUCUUCCACGGGUUGAUCACCUUUGUGCUCACUUAAAAGUCUGUGCCAAAUCAAGUUAUCUGAGGACUGGUGAAUCGAUUCACGCUCAUUUGAUCAUAAGGAACCAAUCGUCUCGAGCUGAGCACGCAUGGCAAAUCACAUCUCUGAUCAAUCUCUACAUGAAAUGCGGGAAGACAGUUCGUGCACACAAGCUGUUCGAUUCAAUGCCUGAGAGAAGUGUGGUUUCUUGGUGUUCGUUGAUGAAAGGUUAUCAAGAUUCUGGGUUUGAUUUCGAGGUUUUGAAGCUUUUCAAAAGUAUGGUUUUUUCUGGCGAAUCGCAGCCUAAUGAGUUUGUAGCCACCAUAGUUUUUAAAUCUUGUUCGAACUCUGGGAGAAUCGAAGAAGGUAAGCAGUGUCAUGGAUGUUUUCUUAAACAUGGUUUGAUGUCACAUGAGUAUGUACGGAACACUCUUCUCUACAUGUACGCGUCAUGUUCUGGAACGAGAGAGGCUAUCAAGAUUUUGGAUGAUCUUCCGUGUUGUGAUCUUCUUGCUUUUAACUCGGCUCUUAGUGGGUAUUUGGAGCAUGGUGCUUUAGAAGAAGGGCUUGAUGUUUUGAGAAGGAUGGCUGAGGAAGAUUUGGUGUGGGACGAGUUCACGUGCAUGUCUUCUUUAAAGCUUUGCUCCAGUCUCAGAGAUUUGGAGUUGGCUCGGCAGGUUCAUAGCCGAAUGGUAAGGCUUGGUUUCGACUGUCAUGAUGAUGUUAGUGGUGCACUCAUUAACAUGUAUGGUAAAUGUGGUAACCCUUUAUAUGCUCAGAGAGUUUACAAUGGUACGAAAACUCUAAACAUCGUCUUGAACACAUCGAUCAUGGAUGCUUACUUCCAGAACAAGUCUUAUGAGGAGGCUCUGAAUCUGUUUGCAAAGAUGGAAACCAAAGAGGUUCCACCUAACGAGUUCACCUUUGCUGUUUUGUUAAACUCGACCGCUGAGCUCUCUCUUCUAAGACAAGGAGAUCUUCUACACGGUCUUGUCGUGAAAUCUGGUUUUAGGAACCAUGUAAUGGUUGGCAAUGCGUUAGUUAACAUGUACGCCAAAAGCGGCAGCAUCGAGGAUGCGUGGAAAGCGUUCUCAGGCAUGGCUUUUAGAGACAUAGUUACUUGGAACACAAUGAUAUGUGGCUUCUCACAUCAUGGACUGGGGAUGGAAGCGCUUGAAGCCUUUGAGGAAAUGAUGUCUGCGGGAGAGUUCCCUAACCGCAUAACUUUCAUCGGCGUGUUGCAAGCUUGUAGCCAUAUGGGUUUCGUGGAGCAAGGUCAUUACUACUUUAACCAUUUGAUGAAGCAGUUUGGUGUUGAGCCUGAUCUACAGCAUUAUACAUGCGUUGUUGGACUCUUGAGCAAGGCUGGCUUGUUCGAAGACGCUGAGUAUUUCAUGAGAACAGCUCCUAUAGGAUGGGAUGUUGUUGCAUGGAGAGCGUUGCUAAACGCUUGCUACGUUCGCAGGAACUACAGUUUAGGAAAGAAGGUGGCGGAAUACGCCAUUGAGAUGCAUCCGAACGAUUCAGGGAUCUAUAUAUUGUUGUCCAAUAUCCAUGCCAAGUCCAAGGAAUGGGACGGUGUGGCUAGAGUGCGUUCUUUGAUGAAGGAGAGGCGUGUUAAGAAGGAGCCAGGAGUAAGCUGGAUAGGUAUACGAAACAAAACCCAUGUGUUUCUUUCAGAGGAUAAUCAACACGCCGAGAUUGUGCUGAUUUACGAAAAGGUGAAGGAAGUUUUGGCAAAGAUCAGGCCGUUAGGGUAUGCGCCUGAUGUUGCUGGAGCUUACCAUGAUGUAGACGAAGAGCAGAGAGAGAACAACCUCUCUUAUCAUAGCGAGAAGCUAGCUGUGGCUUACGGUCUGAUGAAAACGCCUGACAAGUCACCGUUGUACGUGACUAAAAACGUGAGGAUAUGUGAUGAUUGUCACUCUGCAAUCAAGCUUAUCUCAAGGCUCUCUGACCGGUUAAUAGUUGUCAGGGAUUCCAACCGGUUCCAUCAUUUUCAAGACGGUCACUGUUCUUGUUGUGAUUACUGGUGAUGAUUUAAACCGAUCAUUUGCCGCCUCACAAGCUUUGAUCAUCGUUAGCAUUU